AUGCAAUCUAGCACUGGUUCAAGCAAUGGCUACUAUCUUGCUGAGCAAGCUGAUCGAUUGAUUCGAGCUUCCCGCUACCACGAGGCCUUUCAACUAGCCGCGCGCGCCCGCGACGCCGAUGAAUAUUGCACCACUGCUUAUAUGGCCGAGGGGCUUGCUCUCCUUGGCCUCAACAAACCUGAUGAGGCUCUCGCUGCCAUCGCUGAGGGUAUCGCCAACUGCCCAAGCGACAUUCACAUACUUCGGACAAUGAUCAAAGUAGCCAAGGAAUGUCCUCUCAAGAACGAACUCCGUGGCAAUAUCCAGCGACUUGAGCAAAAGAACCUCGCUGAAAAUCCAUUUCUCGUCCUUUCGAUGAUCGGUCAAGAUCUACACCGGGCAAAGCAUCAUCAGGCAGCAAUAGACGUCCUCGAAUGCGCCCUCGAUCUGAAUGCUCCUUCAUUCAAGCUCCGUGGAACCGUUCUCAACUCUUUGGGUGCUGCUUAUUGGGCUGUGGGCGAGAGAGAAUCCGCUACAUCAAAAAUGAAGGAAGAACUUAUCUUGAGCCGGGAAAACGCCGACAUCGAGGGGGAAAUCAGAGCCCUUGGAAGCUUAGCCGCCGCAGCUCGUGAAAGUGGACGGUUGAGCGAGUCAAUCUCCUGCUUGCGUGAGCAAAUCCGGGCCUCUCGAUCCCUUCCUGAUGUUCAAUCCUCAGCUGCCGAGCUCUUGGCUCAACUUACCAACACAGAAAUGGCUCUGCAAACAUUGGAGAAAUUCAGUGCCAAGGCGGCCACUUUCCUUCUAUUCUCGCAGCGGAGAAGUGAUAAGGCGGAAAAGCGCGAUAGCUUGCGUCGGGCAAUCGCCGCAGCGGAACGCUUCAAAGAGGAGGAUUUACUCAUCCAGUCCCUGCUCAAGCUUGGCCAAGUGCUUCUUGAACUGAAACUUCAUGGCGACGCCAUCGUUCGCGUGGAACGAGCAAAGCUACUACUUGCAAAACAUCAAACAACCGGGAAUAAACAACAACUGCUUCUCGAUGCUUGUGCAACUCUGUGCACGUGUUAUCGAGCUGUGAGAGAACAUUCCAAGGCCACUCAGGUGGCGAGAAAGGGCGCGGAACUUUCACAAAAGUUGAACAACCCAGAUGUCGAGUUUCACUGUCUUGGAGAAGAAGGACGAGCUUACCAAGAUCUUGGCAAUCCUGAAAAGGCACUGGCCAGUUUCACAUCACAGCGGGAGCUCCUCAGUCCGUCUAGCUAUCCUAUUGCUUGGGCAGAUUGUCUUCUUGGCAUCGUCGAUUGCUUGGACAGUUUGAGCAAAAAAGCCGAAGCAAAGUCUGUGGCUCAUGAACUCGCGCACAAAUGUGAACGAGAAUACAACCUUCAAAUCCGCGUCUACAGACGAUUGUCUCGUCUUCAUGCUGAUGAAAAUUGCCUCGACUUGACAGCGGCGAUCAAAUCCACCGAGUCCCUUCUCUACGCCGCUAUAAAAGAAGCUGACACGGAAGUCGAGUGGGAAGCAUAUCAUUCUUUGGGACAGUAUCACAUGCGACUUGGGCAGCUUCAACAAGCUGAAAGUUGCUUGGAACGCGCCAAACGAAUGGACCAAGACAAAAGCAAGGCGAUUGAUAUUGAUCUCGCUUAUAUCGCCUUUCAAUUGAAAAACUUUGACAAGGCGCGCACGAUCCUACGUCAUCACCAUACGAAUGAGGCGUUCAACAUCCUUGCGCAAAUCGAAGAGGAAUCUGACAACUGCCAGGUUGCCGUCGAUCUCUAUAAAGGAAUUAUCGAUUCGACUCAGAAUCUGACUCUGAAAGAUGCUUGCACGAGCAAACUAGCAAGAUGUCUUCAGAAGAUGAACCUCCACGACGAAGCCGUUUCAACUCUCAGAAAUGUUGUCAAGAAAAGUGGUGGCGAAACCGACUCUGUUGUUUCUGACGCGACGCUGAACAAAACCGCCACUACUACUGCAACGAUCUCAAGUAUACACUCCACCGGGUCAAGUACAGCCGAACAACUUCAUCUGACUCUUGCCGAGUCACUGGCAGCGAUUGGAAAUAUCGAAGAAGCGCUAGAAGAGGCUGAACAUGCUGGAGAUACUGGAACGUCUCUUCGGGAGCUUCUUCUUGUUCGGGAAAAGAAACUUACAGAAGCUUUGCACGAGAGAGUUGCUGAUCCAAAGCCGGGUCUCCACUUUUCCCUCUGUCGGCUUGAUCUGCACUGCUGGCUCGUGAAUGAUUACCAACAAGUCAUUGCUUUUUGUGGACACUCAAAGGCUUCUGACCACCUCGUUCGCCUCCGAAACAUCAUGCUUCGUGAUCUCAGCCCUCGGAUGGACAUUUCUGAUCAAUCUAUGGAUAGCACCGACGACAAUUUCACCCUUCAGUCCGCCUCGGUUUAUCUUUACGAAGCACUGAUUGGCGCUUUUGAAGCGGAACUGGUUCGAGGUCAGUCUUUGGAAAUCUACUGCCACGACGAUCGGCUGUUAUCUGUUCCAUGGUCGUGCCUCACUGGAGACGAUAAGAUCCCACUCGUGGAAAAAUACAAGAUCGCAGUCGUUCCGUCUGCUCUUGAUGUGAUGCCAGCAUCACCUGAAUCCGGCGUGAAGCUUAUCCAAAUCCAAUCUCUUGAGACUCAAUCAGAACCAAACAGCAAGGACGAAGGGUUCCCACAAAGUGUCAUCUCCAAUCUUGCAGAAUUGAAGAAUGCCUUGGCGAAAGAAAAGCAUGUUUGGCUGAGUCUGGACGUUCGCAGCGAGCUCGAACUUUGUCUGUCCGAAGAGCGACAUGACGUUUAUAACUUAUUCUCAACUGGAGAGCUUUCAAAUCUGAGUAUGAUCGUCCUUGAUUCCGACAACACCGGCCCACUUGCAGAUGUUCUGAUCAAAGCAGGAGUUUCUUGCGUGAUUCGACCACUUUGGAAGGUUCCUAAGAUCGCUGUGUCUGAUUUUGUGCGAUUAUUGAACGAGAGCCUUGAAUCAAUGGAUCCGAUCAGUGCUUUACAAGAUGCUCAGUUGAAACAAAAGUCGGGAAAGAAAUUUGUCGAUACUAGCUUUUGGGGUGCCUGGAUUGGAACAGGGAUUCCCAAGUCUGGUCCGAAUGCGUCCAUCACCGAUGCUCUUUAUGGGCUUCUGAGAAGCGAACCGAGUAGAGCCAGGCGAACGCUUCUUCAAGUUCAGCUUGGCGAGAAGACUCUUUCAGAAGAAGAUGAAUCCCUUGUCGAUGACUUUACAGCUCUCGUCCCGUCGCUUCUUGCGAUUCCAGUGGAUUGCUUGAGCGCUCUUGUUCCAAUCCUUCCCCGACGUCGACUUCUCGGAGAAAUCAAACGCCAAUUGAAGUCAUCUGACAAGAGCAGAAUCGAUAUUGACAUGUGCUCCUGGGCUGCCGGCGGGUGCCAUGAUUUCCUCCAGAAAAUGGGCUUUGGCGUCGUGGAAAUGAGCGCCGAAAAGGUUUCCCUCCAAGGCGGCAAAUCAGAAAUCGUUGAAAUCGUUCACCGCGCUCUCACGCAAAUGCUCAGUACUACCGACAAGAGUGCCAGCCAAAGUCCAGAUGAAACGAGCCUGGAACUAAUUGAGAACUCGCCCGUUGUAUCUGAGCCGUCAAAUACGUCACCUCUAAGACACUCCGAUGCGUCGCCAUUCAGGGUUGUCCAACGAAAGGCGAAAAGUCUCAACGAUACAAUGGACUCUGCUCUCGGGCCUGAAAGCAUCAAAUCGCCUGACCUAAACCUUACCCCGUCAAAACGCCGCGUUAUUGAAGUGACUGGAAGAUCGAGCUUGCCCCUAGUUCAACACAAGUUCCGAUCGCUAUGGAUCGGCUCAGAUCCGCUUCGACCCAGAUGCGAGGAAGAUCAGAGUUCCGGAUUCGGCUCUGGACAGAACAAAACACUCAGUGAAACACUGUAA